AUUCUAGUUAAGUACAAAGUCCUUUAAAAAUAAAAACUAUUCUUUCUUUGUGUAAUUUAUUUGUUAUUUCAUUUGUUUUCAUAUAUAAUAUAUAUAAAAUAUAUCGCGAAUAUGGUCAGCCUUGGAAACGCGUCUGCAAGAGCCAGUGGUGCAGUUUUUUUUGAUGACUCAUUAAAUAUGGAUGAUGAAGAAUGUCUCCAGCCUGUGCUGUCAUCGCAAGAAGAAGAGAAUUUUCAAAAAUUAGACACUGCUAUAUUUGCAUCUGUACCACUUGUUUUUGGGGUGAUUAUUGAAAUAAUAGGAAUCGUAUUCAUAUCAGUAUGGCCAGAGGAACACAACAAAUGCAACACAUACUUCAUAUUUUUAUAUUUACACUGCGCUUACUGGUUCGUGAUAAUGAUAACCGAUUAUAUCAUUAAAUCACGGCACCAUAGCUUACGUAUCUGCGGUUAUCUUGAUUUUUAUCAAUCAACUUAUCAGCAUAUAAGGACACCGUUAUUUGUGUCAUCACUAUGGAAUACUAUAUAUUUAUUCCUCGCUGCGAUACUGCACCACACACAUAAAAUAAACUAUGAGGAUUAUUGUCGAUCAUCGGAAUGGUUUACGCCAGUUAAUUAUAUUCUUAUGUUAACAACAUUGGAGCUGAUGAUCAUUGUUCCUGUCUACAUAAAUUAUAUAAAACGUGUACGUCGUUUUAAUCGCAUCCAACCACCACCCGAUGUCACGAGAGAAGAAUGGCUGUCAUCAUUUACCCAGGAUUCAUUUGCUGGUAAUACAGAAGUCGGUUAUCAUGAACGUGGCUCAAAUUUAUUAGAAUUAUUGGAAAAACAAGCAGACUUAAUAAGGUAUCUACGUGAUCAUAAUGUUAAGCUGAGUCACAGAAUGAUGUUACUUGCAUCGCAACGUCAUCAAGCUGUUUAACUCAUUAAUUAUUGUUUACUCAACAACAUAAUUGUCCUGUAUUAUAUUACAUUUUAAAUCAUUUGUCAUUAAUAGGGACAAGAUUUUUGCCUUAUUUUUUAUAUUUAUAUUUAUAUUACGUGGAAAAUAUUGGUCUUAUGAAAAAAGUUUUCGAACAAAAGUUGUAGGAAAUUCAAUUUUCUAAAAAAAAUGUCUCUUAUGAUUUUCUUAUACAAUCAAUAUUUUCACCGUAAUUCAAAAAUUAAGAUUCAUAAUGAGUGAUUCAAAAUUUUUUUAAUUAUGAAAAUCUUAAUUUUAAAAUUACAGUGAAAAUAUUGAUCGUAUAAGAAAAUCAUAAGAGACAUUUUUUUUAGAAAAUUGAAUUUCCUACAACUUUUGUUCGAAACUUUUUUUCAUAAGACCAAUAUUUUGCCCGCAAUAUAAAUAAUUUCACGCCACUAAUUAUUAAUUAUUUUUAAAUUAACGCAAAAAUCCUGGCCCUAGUCAUUAAAUUAUGUCGUACACAGAAAAAAAAAUUUCUUGGUGCGAAAAAUUUUUACUAGCCUCAGAAAUUUUUUGCAUUAUAAAUUUAAAUGAAAAUUUCAUUGGGACGAGAAAAAAUUUUUCUUAUCUUAAAAAAAUUUUUUUUGUCAUUUCGUAGUGAAAAUUUUUUUUUGUGUACUUUUUUAAAAAAAAAUUUAGAGAAAACUUAAUUAAAUGUUAGGUAGGGCUCAAUUUUUGAUUUUUGUACACAAAUAUAUUUUUUGUUGUUUUGUUUAGAAAUUUAUUUUUUUAUAAUCAAUCAUUUAAUUUCUGUGGAUGAAAAAAAAAAAAAAACUGUAGUUAGUAGUAAUUUAGAUUUUGAAAUUUUUUAAAAAUUUUCUUGAGCCAAAAAUAAAUGCAACCACUUGCAUAUUUACCAAAAAAAAAUUUAUUUGUAAUUAUUGGGUAUGAUCUCAUUCAUUGUCGGCUAUAAAAAAUAGAAUUUUUUUUUUUGUGACUACAUGACGACAGAUUAGUAAAAAGAAAUAUGUAAUUUAUCAAAAAUAAAUAUUUUUAUUAAUUAUGAUACUAGUUGGCUGACGUCUAAUAAUUUUUUGAAUUUUUUCAAAACGAAGUUAUGAAAACAAAAAUAUUCUAAAAAAUUGCACUUGUAGUUUUUUCAAUUUUCUACAUGUGCAUUUUUUUUUUUUUUUUUUUUUUGUAAUCAAUUUGUUGUAAAAAAAAAAAUCAAAAAUCAUUAGACGUCGGUUUACUUCAGUGUUACAAGAAAAUUCGUAUUUCCGAACAGUAUAAAAAAAAAAAAAAAAAAAUUAAGAUAAUUUCAUAUAUAAAUGGUUGUAAUUUAUCGAUUGCUAUUAUUUGUUAAUUUUAAAAUAAUAAGAUCUAGUGCGGGUUCUUACGAGAGCCAAUGGCUAGAAUUCUAUGUUUGUUAUUCACACACAGAAAAAAAUAAAUUUUUGGUUCAAAAAAUUUUUUCUCGCUCCAAGAAAAUUUUUACUUGUCCCAAGACAGGGUGGCCACGAACCGGAAAAACCGGGGAUGGGAAUUAUCAGGGAAUUUAAUGCAACUGGGAAAUAUCACGGAAAUGUCAGGGAAUUUCGAAAAGUAUCCGGGAAUUAAAUUGUAACAGUUCAAAAUUAAAAAAAUUUUAAAUUAUACACUAGUUAUAAAAAUUGAGGGAUAUUCAAAAAAUUUCAAAUUUUAAAGUGAUUUUCCCCAGGUUGUAACUCGAAGGAAAAUGGUCACACGACAAAAACAAAAAAGGCAAAUUGUAGCUUCAAGUGUCUAGUUUCCUGAUCUGGUCUUUAAAUUUUAUUAUUAUGUGCGGUUCCGGAGUAAUCCUAAGAAAACUAUCGAAAAAUAAAUUUACCAAAUUUUUGGUCGUCUCAAAAACGGUCUUCGAGCUUCAAUAAAUUUUUUUCGAUAAUUAUCAUUGAUUUUUGAUUGCUCCGGAAUUGUGCAUAAUAAAAAAAUUUAAAGACCCAGAUCAGAAAACUAGACACUUGAAGCUACAGUUUGACUUUUUGUUUUUAUUGUACGACCAUUUUCCUUCGAGUUACAAACUGUUUAAAAUUAAUAAAAAAUUUGAAAUUUUUUGAAUAUCCCUUAAUUUUUGUAACCAGUGUAUUUUGAAUUUAUUUAAAUCAUAAAAUUUCUUAUUAAAUAUUUUAACUUAUACAUUUUUAACAUCGAAUAAUCAAAAGUAGGCAAUAUUAAUUUAUUUUAUUGACAUUUUUUUGGUUUCUCUUAUGAUUUAAUUAUCAAAUUAAAUUAUUAAAAAUGAAAAUAUAAUAAAAACUUUGAAUAUCUAAAUGAUACGAAUAAAAUUUCUAAAUCAGGGAAAAAUGUGAAAAACUUUACUGGGAAACCGGGAAAUAUCAAGGAAUUUUGAAAUCAUUCCUUUGUGGCCACCCUGCAAGAAAUAUUUUGUAUUAUGAAAUGAAAUCAAAAAUUUUCUUGAGCCAAGAAAAAAAUUUCUGGGGCGAGAAAAAAUUUCCGUAGAUGCAUGAGUGAGUCCGUACAAGUCGUAGGUCGAAAUCGGUCGUGAACAUGGAGAAUACAGGCCAUAGAUCGUCCCCGGUAAUUAGCAAUAAUUAAUAAGUCUAAGAUCUAGUUUGUAUCUUCCAUUACUAAUUAUAUAUAUAUAUAUAUAUAUAUAUAUAUGAUUUUGUUUAGUGAUUUAUUAUUAUUAAUGCUCUGUAUG